UCGUGACAUUCACAUCGGGGUCACGACUUCGCCUGUCCACGUGAUGGCUCCAAGUUCCUUGAAUGAUCUCGUAGUAAGGUGACAGUCGGCAGUGAAUGGCAUGUGUUGUAAUAAACACAACGGACUGGAGGCUGCCGAGAUCUCUCUGACUUAGUCAGCCGACAGCAGAAUACAGAUCGUGCAUAUCAUCAGUGUGCUGACGAAAUGCCUUCUGCCCAAUAGUGAAUGGUAUUUUGUUUGUACUACAAACGCCAAGCCGAGGAACCCCGACAACAUAGAUUUUUCGGUUUACACACAGAAAACUUUAACCCAGAGGAGUUACACUGGGGCAAAUCCCUUACCAUGAUUUAUCAGGUUUUACUAAAAGAAGAAGUGAUUGCUCUAAAAGAUGAACUAGAGAAAGGGCUGCCCGGAACAGCGAAGAUAUUCUACAUCUUGCGCAAUUUCCUAUGUGGCCUUUUGGAUGGAUUUGAGGUGAUCGUGGACAAGUGGCCCGAGUGGACAUGCAUAAUCCUGAGAGCUACAGACACUGACCGUGCACCUGCAUACUUCAAGCACUACUACAUCUGUCAUGCGCGGUCAGUCAGUGCGCUCAAGUUCUUUAUGCAGAGGCCAGGGGUGAUCGACUGGACGCGUGAGGCAACGUUCACAGGCGUCCCUACUGAUCUGGUCCCCUUCCUGAAGGACUACUGCCGGAAACAAAAUGGUCAGCUGAAAAAUGUCCAGUCGCGGUUCAUGUAUGCUUGGACCAAGGCCGAGCCGCCACAAGAACCUGACGUUCCCGAGGGACUGCAGCUGACCACUCUACAAGACAACCAUGUCCAUAUACUACGUCAAGACUGGAAGGACCUGAAGAGCGAUUCUGGUCUAGACACAUACUUCAAAAGCGUUGUCCACAAUUUUGACAACAGCGCCCUGACUGAUAAGAACGGGAAACUUCUAGCCUAUAUAUGCAUGCAGUUCAACGGGUCGAUGGCCAUGUUGAGUGGAAAUACGGAGAACCAGGGGAAGGGCUAUGGGCAGAUUGUACUCAGUGACCUUACCAGGAAGCUUCUAGAAAAGAAGGAGAUAGCCUAUGGGUUCAUCCCCACCAAAGAUUCCAACAUCAUCAAUAUCACCCAGAUCAUGGGCUACACCUGGGUCCCACAGGGAAACAUGGCGUGGUUUAGGUUUGAGAAGCUACCCUCUGUCAAAUCAGCAACCACAAACGGAUCUCGAGUCCUAGAGCAUUCCCAUUCUCAGGAAGAUGGUGUGGGGAACUGCAUGUUUAUCAAUGCUAUACCUCUGGUGGUGCAGGAGAUGACGGACCAUCAGCCUCCCAGUAAAGUUAGUAUAUCGUAAUCAGUGAUAGGACAUUUUAAACUGAUGCACUCUUGGAGGAGGUCUUUCUCAUCUUUCCGUUUAUUGAAGUUCGUGAUGUCAGAAUUCAGAGGUCAAUGACCCCAUUGGUGCCAGAAGUCUUUCAACGCGUUUCUGUUAUACCAUGCCCACUGUUCCUUAUAUUGACGUGAUCACAUUGGGGGAAAUAUGCGUAUGCAUAUUUUUUGUAAUGGAACCACCGAGGGUUAUAUACUGUGCAGGUAAUGACAUUCGACUCUAGAGAUGUGGUGAAAACGAUGGGUCCUCACACGGACGGCCCCAUGGGAAGCGGAUCCAGCAUUUUUAAAAGGGAGGGGCCGAAAAUAUCAAAAUUCGCUCUCUGAUAAUUUUACUGCCAACAACAUACUACAUUUGGUUUUCAAAAGGGGGAGGGCUCACACCAUCCUCCCUCUGGGUCCGCCUAUGGGAAAAGCCCAUUCUGGUGACCCUUUCCUAGAUGUCGCCGGAAUAAUGCUCUACUCGGAGUAAUCCCCGCCACAAUCACCCACUGACUACACGCAGGCAGUGCUCGUAGUUCGGAAUUUGGUAUUGACGAGAUCAAGCAACGUGAACAGAAUAUUCUGCUACCUCCUGUUCCACAUAUGUAUAUGUUUGCCUAGGCCACAAUAAGGUGAUCAUUUGUUUCAUGAAAAUCAUCUAACAAUAAUAGCUUUACCGCUUCUAGUUUCAUAUUUUCUUCCCGGGGGACACUGGAUUCCCUGUGAAAGUUCUGAGACUUUAGGGACAUCGAUUUACCUUGCAGGUUCUGCCUGCUAGAGCUAGAAGUAAAAUAUACACACAUCAACCUGCAUAGUUUUUACUUUCAUCAUACACACAAUAUUCUCCCAUAAGCCCCUCACUUCCGAAUUCCAAAUAAAACAUCACUUUAUUGUGGCCUUAUCAAGAAGUUGUACAUUUGAAUAGAUUUGUACUUCUUAGCAUACUUGGUUUGUCUUUUUCAGUGUAGUUAAUGUUGGUGCCUUGCGGGCGAACCAUCGAUAUUUAGCAAAUUAACUGGAAAUGUAUUGGCAAACUAUGAUUACCUUGGUGCCACUAACGACAUAUUUGUAGAAACGUAGUGUUUAGUUUAUUAGCUUGCAUUACAUUGUGUCAGAUGAACUACAUCUGUGCUGGAUCUGCCGCGGAUCACUGAGAGAGAACAAAUACUGUUUUUAAUAUUUUUUUAGCCUUCGACUUACGUUUAAUCCGUGUAUAGAUUCAUUCCCUACAGUAUUAAACAGGAACAGGAAGUAAGACUUGGACUUUAUUAUCAGAUACACAUUCCGACUCGUCACCAUCCAGUAACUGGAUUCCGCACCUUAAGCCCAGCCUGGCUAUAAGGCAAUGACAUUCAAGUAUUUUUUCCGUGUUGCGGGUUUGAGCAAAACUGAUGCGAAGACAGUCGGGUUUUUUCUCAAGUAGCGCUUUAUCUUUGUAAGGGAGCGCAGAGAGCACAUUCUAGUUAACUUUUCCUGGAAAAUAUACUCGUGAAAAUAUUUUUAGAAACUGGCGCCGUAUUACUCGAGAAAGCUGCUUUCUGAUUGGCUUAUGUCGACUUCUUUUUUAGUCAUUUCAUUUGUCGGUGAAAGUUCGCGAAACGUCGUUCUGACGUGAUUUAUGGAAUGUUCUCUAUUGUUUAGCAGUAGCGAGACCUAAGAUAGGAUUUUAAGGAGAGUGAUGCGAAUCCCGAACAUCAUAUGGGUGUCAAUAUCAUGUUGACACGAUGGAUGAACGACGAGGAAGUCUUACUGCCUACUGACUGUUGAAUACUUAGGGCGAUGUAUAUUUUAUGCACGUAGCUCACCUCGUAUACCUGGGGACGUGGUUGCCAGUCUGUUGUCUCCAAUGCUGGGCAUGGUGCUGGUCUACGCAGCGAUAGUAUUCUUUGGAAACCACAAUUGUUUUUGACAGGAAUAAAGUAAAGUCGUUGUUAUAUUAUCAUGGCGUACACAUUCGACACGGCUCUGAAGUGUUGACUGCCUCGAAAAUCCAUCUAAACGAAAAACACUUGUGAUGGUGUCAAUCUGGAUUUUUGUCGUUUUGUUUGUUCUAGUGAACGGCACCUCGCAUAUAUGUUGGAAAACAACAUCAGUUUCUUUAAAUUCGCCUUCGUUUGAAGGUCUGUUUAUAAAUAAGGUCUGAUAACAUGGUAUGUAUAAGAAAAGUGGGCAACCUGCCCUGUCAUAGAAACCCAUUCAGCAAGGAGUACCAUCGCUGCGACUAUGUGCUAUACGCUCCCGUAUUAUGUGAGAGCGAGUGAGUGAGUUGUGUUUAACGUCGUUUUUAACAGUAUUCCAGUUAUAUCACGGUGCGUCAGCUUCAUGUGUGAGGAAAUCCCGACGUGUACCACUUCGGUGAAACCAACGAGCACGGGUAUGGUGCUGACAAACCUAGAAACAUAAUCGGGACGAACCGGGAUUCGAACCCACAAUCAUAGGUUUCUAGCGUGCCCAAGGGACGCAACUCUGCUCAGCGAAUCGCGGCGCCUUAGACGACAGAACCAGCCGUGCCCCGUAUUAGGUUGAACAGCUGAGAAACGUCCUCCUGGGAACGGGCUUGUAGUGGGAACAUCAACUCGUCAUUCCUUAGGGUGUGAAAUCAUGUGGUUGUUAGGAACAAAACCGUGUCGAGAUCUUGUGAUUGUGUGCUGUGAAUAAUCAAAUGAAUUUAUUAGUUAUCCGUCUACACUUGUUUAAUUUGUCUCAAUCAAAAUAUGCAACAGAUGUCUACUCGACUAGUGUUCCUUGCAGCUGUUGAUGUGUAUUUCAGUUAAUUCGUUCAUUCUCACUAAUAUCAUAAUAUCCCAGCUAACUCCAUCGGGCUGUAAUUUUGGUUGCACGCAAAGCAAGCGUUAUAACGAGGGAUAUGUAACAGUUACCGACUGGGAUGGGUGCCGGCACGGAUUUGAACACCUGUGCACGUGCCAUCAGUGGCAGCGAGUCCUGCACACGAGUUCAAAUUGAUGGACACGAUAGACAAGAUUGGAAACGCUUUCAAUUCAUCCUAUCGUCAGACAAGCUUAAUGUAGCAAGGUAUUCAAGUUGGGCAUGGUCACAACGAAUUGCUUAUUUGUCGAAUCGCCGUUACCUAUUUUCUAAUAUGAAAAUGUUUUGAGGCGGCUAUUUUGAAUUGAGGGACAGAUUGUUCAAUACACCAGACCUGUUAAAAAGAAGAAGAAUUAUUGACCUUUUAUAUAGUAUUUUAAUGCGGAAUUUGUCAUUUGAAAAGAAAUAAUAAACUAAUUUGUUGUGGCCAAUCCAAGCAUCUGAAUUGAGUUGAAUGAUGAAGGAACAAUGACCAACGUUGAAGCCAUUAAGUGUAUUGUUUUUAUUAUGAUGUCGAGUUUUAUUUAUGAUGUCGAGUUUUGUAGACUUGUUAUGAUUUAACUGUUUGUUCUGUCGAGAUGUUGAAUGUUUGCAGUGUAGGAACUAAGAUCUUUCUCUUUGUGAAUGUCCUUGGCCCGAACGCUUCCAUGCACCGCUGGCUCCAUCACAAUGAUGGCUUGCUUAAUGGUCGUGAUUCAUGUGUUUUGUUAAGUGUUCAUUGCUUGUGAUCGUAUGAGAUAAAAGGACGUACACCCCGAAAAACAUACACCCGGUUAACAUCUGUUAACACAUUUCAACUGUAAUCAUAUGCUCACAUCUUUAACCGACUUGCAUGAGUUGUUCCGAAGAAUCUGAUAUUCAUGUGUUAAUUCGUGCAAAUUCCAAUGGUUGAGCUGUUUUCAAGUAUACUAUGAUCGCUCCACAAUGAAAUACAACCUUGAACACACACGCAAACACUGGAGUUUCAUAAAGCAAAGGGUCCGUUGCAUGCACUAUUUCUCUGAAGCUAGAAUUCGCUUCCCUUCCCUUAUUUGAAGCAGCCUUAACCGUAAACAAGUUGCCCUCUCAUCUAAAUGGCUAUGGUUCUUGCCUUCUUGGUCUCCUUUGACCGUUUAACCAUGACUGGAUGUGAAAAGUCGCUAUAGAUAAACGAGUUGAGAGAGGGCCUACCUGGAUGGUUGUAUGGCCAACCUGGGGGUGGUAUGGCCUACCUAGGGUGGUGGUAUGGCCUACCUGGGUGGUGGUAUGGCCUACCUAGGGUGGUGGUAUGGCCUACCUUGGGGUGGUAUGGCCUACCUGGGGGUGGUAUGGCCUACCUAGGGUGGUGGUAUGGCCAACCUUGGUGGUGGUAUGGCCAACCUAGGGUGGUCGUAUGGCCUACCUGGGGGUGGUAUGGCCUACCUGGGGGUGGUAUGGCCUACCUAGGGUGGUGAUAUGGCCUACCUUAGGGUGGUAUGGCCAACCUAGGGUGGUGGUAUGGCCUACCUUGGGGUGGUAUGGCUUGCCUUGGGGUGGUGGUAUGGCCUACCUUGGGGUGGUAUGGCUUGCCUUGGGGUGGUGGUAUGGCCUACCUUGGGGUGAAACUCGCUAUAGAUGAUAAACGAGUUGAGAGAGGGCCUACCUGGAUAGUUGUAUAGCCAACCUGGGGGUGGUAUGGCCUACCUAGGGUGGUGGUAUGGCCUACCUGGGUGGUUGGUUCUAUGCCCUACCUGGGAAGGUGGUAUGGCCCUACCUAGGUUGGUGGUAGUAUGACCUAACUGAGGUGGUAGUAUGGCCUACCUGGGAAGGUGGUAUGGAUCUACCUAGGUGGGUGGUAGCAUGACCUACCUGGGAAGGUGGUAUGGCCCUACCUAGUUGGGUGGUAGUCUGACCUAACUGAGGUGGUAGUAUGACCUACCUGGGAUGGUGGUUUUGACCUACCUAGAUGGGUGGUAGUAUGACCUAACUGAGCUGGUAGUAUGACCUACCUGGGAUGGUGGUUUGGCAAGUCAAAAUGGCAUUCCAGCAUACUAGAUUGUUCCUUAUUACACAGUCGUCUACGUAUAUCAAACUGUUGCACAGUUUUAAUAAACAUUAUUUUAACUA